GUUAUCUGAAGGAGAGAUGGCUGGAAACCCCCCACAGUUGGUGAAAGAUGUGGAUCCACCGACAUUCACAGAGCCCUCUUUUCAACUCAAGGGUCCAGGGGGCAUUCAUCAAAAAAGACAGCAUGCCAAGCCAGGAAGAAGGAAGGAUUCACGGUCUGUAAACUGGAAAGGAUUUCAUCUGGAAAGCAGAGACAGUGACUGCAAAAUGAGCAUCACUGUUGAUCAGGACACAGACUAUUCGGAACUGGUUCUGUCUGUAGGAGAAAUCACACUUGGAGAGAAGAAAAGGAAUUCAAUGAAAGAUAGUCAACAAAAAAGAAGAGAGGCCAAAAAUAUCUUACAGGCUGUGUGUGCCCUGCUCAAUUCUGGAGGGGGUGUGGUCAAGGCUCACAUUAAAAAUGAAAACUACAGCUUCACCAGAGAUGGAAUAGGACGGGAUUUGGAAGAUUCCUUUCUCGGGGUCCUGCAACUUCCUCAUGAAUAUCUAGACUACAUGCAGCAAAAAGACUACUUUUUCAUUUUUGUGAAACCAUGGAAGCCGAAUCACAAAGGUCCAGGAAUCACCACCUUGAAAACCAACUUGUACCAGAGACGCAUCUCAUCCUCGAAUGAACUGACAUCAGCUGCUGCACUGCAGUUCCUCAGAUCCAGACCAAACUCACCUGGGGAAAACAUCCAUAAUCAACUGCUAAAUGAAUGUCUUAACUUAUUUAACAGAGACUGGCUUGCCUAUGAGGAGACAUUCUGUUUCGCUAAAUCCACACAUGCUGAAGUAAAAUUGACACUCAAGGACAAGAUUUUUCCUAAGGAAGAGAUUUUAGAGAUUCUCUCUCAAACUGUUUCUGCAUUUGCAAACACUGAUGGGGGAUAUUUGUUCAUUGGUUUGGAUGGCAAAACCCAGAAAAUUAUUGGUUUUGAAGCAGAGGAGAGCCAUCUUGUUCUUCUAGAGAGUGAAAUAGGAAUGUGCAUCCGACAGCUGCCUGUCACUCACUUCUGUGGGCAGAAGGAGAAGAUCAAGUACAUGUGCAAAUUCAUUGAAGUAUACAAAUCUGGAGCCGUGUGUUCAUAUGUGUGUGCACUCAGAGUGGAGAGAUUCUGCUGUGCAGUGUUCGCUGCAGAGCCCGAAUCCUGGAAUGUGGAAGACAGCUGUGUGAAGAGGUUUACCACAGAGGAAUGGGUGAAGCACCAGAUGGAUCCCAGAGCAGUGAUAUCUGGAAAGGUGAUACGCUCUCCAGAAGCCCUCUGCAUGAAACCUUUCUUACCGCAUGAAGGCUAUGAGCAGUUCCUCCUGACAGAGUUGUGCUCGCUUCCUAAAGGAACACUGGUCAUCUCUAAGAGCUGGGCUUUGGAUCUGGGCUUGCAAGAGAAGCAGGGAGUCAUCUGUGACGUACUUCACGGUUCCCAGGACAGUCUCCUGACCCUGCACGGCUUUGUCCGGGGAGAAGAGGACCUGGAAGUCAACAGUGCUCUUCUGAGGAAACUAGGGGCCGAGUUAAAGGGCUAUUAUAAACAAAUUGCCCUAACCUUAAAGCAGACGUUGGUAAACCAGGGUGGUUACGCUGGGAAAAUAGGUAUCGGGAUAAAGAUAACAUACUUGGGUCAUAAGGUCGUGUGUCUUUAUGAUUCUAGCUCAGAAAUACGUUACCCACGCAAAUAUUAUCUGACAACCAAGACAGUAAGGGACUUAGAAAAAGCUCUUGCUGAAAUCUUAGGAGGUCAUGAGUCUUUAUACAGCUUACCCAGGAAAAAUUGA